AUGCUUCUUGCUUUUCUUUUUGUCAUAGGCGUGGUUGCAUCCCCUGCCCUGCGCUGUACGCUUCUCAAUGCGCAAGUCCGGCGAGAAUGGAGCUCUUUGACACGCCUCGAACGACGAGACUACAUCGAUGCGCUGUUCUGUCUGCGGUCCCUCCCCUCGAUCCUCCCGAAUGACCAGUACCCCGGAGUCCGGGAUCGAUUCGACGACUUUGUAGCGACACAUAUCAACUACACCUCGCACAUCCACAACAACGGCCUCUUCCUCCCCUGGCACCGCCACUUCCUGCACCUCUUCGAGACAGCCCUCCGCACCGAAUGCACCUAUAAUGGCUCCAUCCCCUACUGGAACUGGCCCCUACACCCCAACCUCACCGUCUCCCCCCUCUUCGACAACUCCCCCACCUCCCUCUCCGGCGACGGCACCUACAACCCAGACGAGCGCAUCCUCUGCGACGAGCAGAUAGGGUGUAUCGGCCGAGGCAGCGGCGGCGGCUGUGUAACAGCCGGACCCUUCACCUUCCCCGCCUGGCCAGCAAACAUGGGCCCGCUGAACCUCCACAGCCUGGACGAGCUCUACGAGCCGCUCGACCCCUCCGCCUUCAGAUACAACCCGCGCUGUCUGAUGCGCAGCUUCAACGCUCGUCCGCUGCACCGCUUCGCCGGCUCCGACGCCGUGCAGCGCAUGCUUGCUGCGCAAACCAUCCAGGAGUUUCUGGGGGUGCUGGACCCGAGCACCGCUGGCCGGUUGGGCGCGCAUGCCGCGGGGCAUGUUGCGCUCGGGCCGACGAUGGGGGAUGUGUUUUCGUCGGUGCAGGACCCGGCGUUCUUUCUGCAUCAUGCGAUGGUGGAUCGGGUGUGGGCGAUGUGGCAGAAUGCAGAUCGAAAGCGACGGUAUGCGCUGAAUGGGACGGCGUGGAUGUUUGAUCCGCCGUGGGCGCCGAACGUGACGGUCGGCACGGUCGUGGAGUUUGGGAUCUUGGGGGCCUCGAAGAGGGUGGCAGACUUGAUGGAUCCAUUGGGAGGAGAAUACUGCUACACGUACUCAUGA